CCCUGGAGAGAUGUAGAACUCACCUUCUCAUGAGGGGAGACAAACCUGAGAACAAGAACAUUGCAGGUAGUGGUCCCUUCACCGAUGUUGUUACCACCAACCUGAAGCUUGGCAACCCAACGGAUCGAAAUGUGUGUUUUAAAGUGAAGACCACAGCACCACGUAGGUACUGUGUGCGACCCAACAGUGGGAUCAUUGAUGCUGGGGCCUCAAUCAAUGUGUCUGUGAUGUUACAGCCUUUCGAUUAUGAUCCCAAUGAGAAAAGUAAACACAAGUUUAUGGUUCAGUCUCUGUUUGCUCCAACUGACACUUCUGAUAUGGAAGCAGUAUGGAAGGAAGCAAAACCGGAAGACCUUAUGGAUUCAAAACUUAGAUGUGUGUUUGAAUUGCCAGCAGAAAAUGAUAAACCUCAUGAUGUAGAAAUAAAUAAAAUUAUAUCUACGACUGCAUCAAAAGCAGAAACACCAUCAGUGUCUAAAUCUCUGACUUCACCUCUGGAUGACACUGAAGUUAGGAAGGUGAUGGAAGAGUGUAAGCGGCUGCAAGGUGAAGUCCAGAGGCUUCGGGAGGAGAACAGGCAGUUUAAGGAAGAAGACGGGCUUCGGAUGAGGAAGGCAGUGCAGAGCCACAGCCCCAUUGCAGCACUUGCUGCACCCGGGAAGGAGGAAGGCCUCAGCACUCGGCUACUGGCUCUGGUGGUUUUGUUCUUUAUUGUUGGUGUCAUUAUAGGGAAGAUUGCCUUGUAAAGGCAGCAUGCAAAGGAUGGCAGAUUGGAUUGAUGGAUGCACCAUAUCAUGGGAUUUCAAUUUAUCAUAACCAUGUGUAAAAAGAAAUUAACGUAUGAUGACAUCUCACAGGUCUUGCCUUUAAAUUCCCCCUCCCCCUGCGUGCGCGCACACACAAAUGUACACACAAAUAUAAUAUAACAAUCUUUUAGAAAGUUAAAAAUGUAUAGUCAGUGAUUAAGGGGAAAUGAAUGAUCUCUGUCAAUGAUAAGGGGAACCGCGAUUAAUGCCACAAAGGGCGUAUUGUAACUGUCAUUGGAACAUCGAUAGGCCUUGGUACACGUCUCUGGAUUACCUCUUUUAAAACAAGACAUUUCCUUGCCUGUGGGAGCUGGAGCCCAGUGUGACGGGGUGUGCAGCCUGUGUGCACAGUCCCCAUGCUGCCCACUCCCACCCAGACUGCUCUUCCUGUCUUCAGUUCUGUCCGAGCUGUCUGUUCCUUGGGACUGAUGAAGAGCAGCAAAAGUGGAAAAGCAUUGUGCUGGCGCAGCGCCAGGCGUGCCUUUCUGGGUGAGAGGCACAGGUCCACUGAGCCGGCGCUUUGGAAAUCCAACUCGUGCUUUCUUCUCCUAGAGGGACCAAGCUGAAAUACCUUUGGUUCAUGUAGUGAGACUGAAAUGCUAUUUGAGAUGUUUAAUGCAUAUUUAACUUAUUCAGUGUAUUUCAUCUCAUGUGUUCUUACUGUCAGGAGAGUACAGUUAAUGCUGCGGCCUACACAUCACCUGUGCUGUGUAACAACAGUGGGUGGGGCUGGAUGGCUGCUGGGGGCUGGUGCUCUGCCUCUGGUGGUUCUGGGCACGAGGAUGGUUAUCUAGGUGUCGGAGAACAGCUGUCAGAAGUGCUUGGGUGUCAGGAGCAGCUGUCCUGGGGAGGAAAUUGUUAGCAGUGACAGUCAACGCUGGACACCUGUUGUGAUGGAGAGCAGCUGGUCUUCCAGGUUUGUCCACCCCUUGCAGCCCUCAUUCACGGUUCCCUCACACCAGCCUUGGCCUGUCCUGCCUGUGGGGCCUGGCCUGGAGUCAGGGAAGGUGAGUGGGGUACAGAGCACGAGGGCACUAGUGGCAGGGUGCGGUGGGGCUCCUCAGUUAGUCCAUCUAAUGGUAAUGGAGAGUCUGACUGUGAAUUAAUUUUAUGCCAUAAAAGACCAAUCCAAUUCUGUUCAACUAUGUAGCAUCUUAAAAAGAAAAAAAAAAAUAAAACCCCGAAAUUAAGAAUUAUUUUGUCAUUUUGUCACAUUUGCUGUGUGGGGGAAUUACUGUAUCAUCAUUAUUUUGCCAUUGGAACCUUGACUUUAAAAUGAGCUCCGUCAGUGAGAAAUGUUUAAUGGCUUAACUAUAUACACAUGCAUACAUAUAUGUGUGUAUGUAUGUUUUUGGUUGCCUUCAAAUGACAGUAUAA